CGGACAAAAGCUGGAUGACCACCAGCUGGAGAUGCUGGAGAAGGAAUCCUCCAAGCAUCGGAUGGACUAGAGUCUCUGAAGGCCCUUCACAUCCUCAUGAUUCUGUGAAUCUCAUUCAGACAUAGUUAUAGCUGAAGGACUCUCCAGGAAAAAAAUCCAUAAGUUAAAUUUUCAAUUCAUAUGACUCUGAAAAUUGGCCCAGAUCACUGCCAGUGGUUAGCUAAAUAAAUCACUUGAUAGAAGGCUAAACUAUUUGCCGGAUUUGAAAGGCCUUAGCACAUUCAAGAGCAAGGAAUAUUUUAUCCCCAACUCCAGCUUCUGUAUAUCGUCUUGGGACAAUAUCGACAAGGGAGAUUAUUUAGCUCAUUUCUAAUAGAAGAAAACACUUUGGUCAGAAAAUAAACCAGGAAACUGUUUUUAGUCGUACCGAAGAAGAAAACUGAAUGGAUUCACAGUCCUAAACAAUGCCUCUGGGCCAGUCUCAGGGGCACGGGAGAAAGAAAGGCCUGGAUGUUCCCACAUGGUCUCUCUCACACCUGUGACUGAGACCUGAAAUUCUAUGUGCCAGCCUUCAAUCUCUUUUGGUUCAUGUUUUUAACUUCUGACAAUGGAAAUCACCCUGGGAAAGGCCACCCUUUAAUCUGAUACACCAUGUCAGGCCCGGAGCACCAGCAAUCUCAGACCCUCAUCAAGCCAGCCUUGAGUGAGCUCCAAGCCUCCGAAUUGGUGGAAUCAGUGUUCGGGUUAAAGGUGACCAAGAUCCAGCCUCUUCCCAGCUAUGAUGAUCAGAACUUCCUCGUGCACGUCCCGAGGGCCCCUGAAACAAGUGGUGAUCCCCUCAAGUACGUUCUCAAAGUGAACAACACUGAAUCCAGCAAGAACGCCGACCUGGUUGAGGUGCAGAGCCGCAUCAUGAUGUUUCUGAAGGCAGAAGGCUUUCCCACGGCCACUGUGCAUCCCACUAAAGGGGGCAGCCUGACCUCUCUGAUGACCAUAGACAACGGCUCUGACACCACAAGUUACUUGGUGAGGCUGUUCAGUUUCCUGCCAGGAAAACCCAUAGCCCAGGUUCCUGUCACUCCGAAGCUCCUAUAUGAAGUUGGCAAACUGGCAGCCCAGAUGGAUAGAAGUCUGGAGAAAUUCCACCACCCAAAGAUAAGCAGCCUGCAUCGGGGCGACUUCAUCUGGAACCUGAGAAAUGUUCCUCUUCUAGAAAAAUAUGCUUAUGCCUUGGGCCAAAGCAAAGAUCGAGAGAUGGUGGACUGGGUGCUCAAACGCUUCCAUGAUGAGAUUGUGACAAAGUUAAGCCAUUUUCGAGAAUGCAUCAAUCAUGGGGACCUGAAUAGCUACAACAUCUUGGUGGAGACCAGCAACGAGGCUUCAGGAGACCCAGUGUGUCAUGUGUCUGGAGUCUUAGACUUUGAGGACAUGAGCCAAGGCUAUUACGUGUUCGAGUUAGCCAUCACGAUCAUGUACAUGAUGAUAGAGAGCAAGGAUCCCCUUCCUGCGGGCGGCCACGUGCUGGCUGGCUUCGAAAGCGUCAUCCCGCUGACAGCUGAAGAAAGGGGGGCCCUCUUUUUGCUGGUGAGCAGUCGGUUUUCUCAGUCACUUGUGAUGUCUGCUUAUACAAGCCAGCUCUACCCUGAGAACAAAGACUAUCUCAUGGUCACUGCCAAAACAGGCUGGAAGCACCUGCAGAACCUGCUCAAUAUGGGUCAGAAGGCCGUGGAGGACAUCUGGUUUAAGACCGCCAAGUCCUACUCGGCAGGGACGUUGUAGAGCAUAUCAGAUGAGGUGGCCUAUGUUAAGCACUCGAAGGUGCUACUGGAACACCGCUUAUUAGCUGUCACUAUCGGUGUUCACGCUAAGGGCAGCUCAUAUUUCUACUAUCUUAAGCUUUAUAAAUUCAGCUGGGAAUUAUUUGACUGAGCCUGACUUUUCAUGUAGUUUCAUGACACUAUGAGACAUGAGUUAAUUGAAAUGAUUAAUUUUUGUAUUAAUAAUAAUGCCACUGAACACAAGAUAUCUGUGGGAUAUCUGUGGAAACCUGCCCCAGGUUUGGUAUGAAGGUUUGUACCACUGUUUAUGCCAUGUCUUCUCAGUAAAUAUCCCUUUAUAGAAACUAAUUCAUUUUAAUUGGUUAAAUGACACUGGCUUAAUCACUCCUGGUGAUUGUCAUUGGGGAAAACACACCAGAGUGGGAGCUUAAGCUGACGGUAUUGGAGAAGUACCCCAACUCUUUGGGGAGACACAGGCUUGCUUUGGGGUCUCUGCCUCAGCGAGUGGGGGAUUGAGAUGAAGAGCCUCAGAGCUUCUGAGGGCUGCCCUUGUAAAACCAGCCGGUAGGUGCAAUGUUUCCUUACGCAGACCUAGCUUCUGAGAGGCUCCACUCUCCUGACUCUGCUCCCUUCUCUGGCAGCUUCCUUGGGUCCUCCUCCCCUGGUAGGCCUUGGUCUGUGGACUUCUGGUUUUCCUCGCAAUCUUGCCUGCUUUCUUGACGAUCUCAUCCACCCUGAUACAGGCUCUAUUAGGGCUUUUGUGCCGAUGAUACUCAGGUCUCCAAUCCUGGCCUUUCUUCUAAGCUCCAGUCCCAGAAAAUCUGCUGAACAACUUACAGGAUCAUAGAUUAGAACUGGGAGGGCCCCUGAAGGCCAUGGAGGGCUGAUGUCACCUGGACCUAAGCAGAGCAGUCUUCCAGCUGAAUAUGUCUCCAAGGUCUCUUAGUACAUGGCUCCUUUUAUUUCCAUGCCUGUGGUACAGAGGAGGGAAGGCCAGGCUUUGACGUUAGAGGGCCUGGAUUCAAGCUCUUCCCCUGCUACUUACUACCUGUGUGACUUCAGGCAAAUUGGUUCAUCCCUUGGUCUCAGUUUCUUCAUCUGUAAAAUGGCAGGGGGAGAGGUUAGACUAGCCCAAGGUCCUUUCCAGGAUCCUUUUGAGAAACUUGUCACCUUAUAUCUGGACGAUGGCAGUGGUUUUUAAUUGGUUUCCCCCCAAUCCAUCCCAACUAUGGAAGGCAGCAGCAUCUCCUUAAAACACUACUUUGAUCAACAGUUCUCUUUCUCAGAAAUCUCCAUUGGCACCCCACUGCCCACAGAAUAAAAGCCUGCCGUUCCAGGUGCUUCACAACUGGAUCUCUGAUUCUUGCUCAUAUUUCCCA